GCGACGAGCGCGCGCGUGAAAAGGCGCGCAAAUUGACGUUUAUAUUUUUUAAAUACUUUUUUUUUAAUUGCGCGUGCCAUGAUUCUGGAAAAACGUAGUGUUUGUUUGUGAGUGUUUUGUUUUUUUUUUAAGUGCUGGCAGUUUUAAUAAAUGGAAAACAAAUCCAACAUGGCAGAUGACAUACCAACUGUCAACUUGGAUGACACAUCAUCAGCCAAGACAGACUCGCCACCAGACAGCAAUAGAGACUCGCUAAAUAGUCUGUUACAUAAGACCAAAGACAAGAAUGAGAACUGCAUAGACGACUGCGAUCUAGGGAAGCAGUGCUCUAUGAUAUGUACGGAUAAUUCAAAUGAUUCGAAGGCGCGGAAUGCGUUUUGUUGCAGUUCCAUGGGCCAAUCAGUAUGGGGCGUAAUUCUAAUGAUAAUGUCAAUUAGUGGUUUUAUUUAUUUUAAUCCCACCGACAUCAUGUUAUGGGAAAAACUGAAUAUGCGACCUGGUCUCCCGCCGUACGAGUGGUGGUCUGAUCCACCAGACCAAGUGCGUAUGAGGGUGUACGUUUUCAAUAUAACGAACCAUGAUCGAUUUCUGGCGGGUCUGGAUGAAAAAAUCAACGUAAAAGAAAUAGGACCAAUUACGUAUUUAGAAAAAUUAUUACAUUCCAAAAUACGUUUUAACGAAAACGGAACCAUGACAUACGAAGCGAGGAGGUUUUUGAUCUAUCUUCCAGACGAAAACACCAUCAAUAUGAACACAACAAUUAUUGUUCCUAAUUUGGCUUUGUUGGGUAUAGCAUCCCGCCUCCACGACGCAAACUAUUUCGUGCGUACGGGUUUCAACAUAUUAGUAAAUUCACAUAAUUCACAGUGGUUCGUCAAAAGAAGUGUAUAUCAGUACUUAUGGGACUAUAGAGAAGGUAUUUUGGAGACUACGAAGAAUAUAGCGCCUCAAAUGGUGCCUACUACUAAUAUGGGCAUGUUGCAUAGUAUAUACAAAGACUUCGUGGAUAACGUGACAGUUAAAAUAGGCCCUGAAUGGGGACACGAAAACUUCUUUAAAAUAGAUAAAUAUGGAGGAAGGGAACAGUUGAAAGGCUACGAUUUAGAGACUUGUAAUGAACGCCUGACCGGAUCAACAGAGGGCGUCCUUUAUCACCAACAUUUGAAAAAAGAUGAUGUUCUAUAUUAUUUGAGAAAAACCAUUUGUCGAACUAUGCCUUUGUAUUUUGAUCAGGAAAUAACAAUAGACGAUGUACCAGCAUAUCGAUAUAAUUUAUCUGAAAAAGCAUUCGAUCGCAUCAAAAACGAUACGGACUGUUAUGAUAUGGAGCCUUCGCUACCAGACGGACUGAGUGACACUUCUAAAUGUUAUGAUGGUUUACCGUUAGUAGCGUCAUAUCCACAUUUCUACACGAGCACUAAACCAGAAGAGUAUGUGACCGGCUUGGAGCCAAGUAGAGAGAAACACAAUUCAUUUGUUGUUGUUGAACCGUUAAGUGGUACACCGUUCAGGGCUGUCGCUCGAAUGCAGUGUAACAUGAAAGUGUCAAAUUUAUCCGACUUCAAUAUAAAACCGUAUGAUCGCUUCUCAAACCUUGUAAUACCCGUUGGAUGGAUUGAAUAUAGUCAAGAAGGUCUGCCACCAAUCAUAAAGAACACGAUUUACUUCAUGGUGGUAAUUCUACCACCAUUAUCAACUGCUUUUAUUUGUACUACACUAUUAGUAGGAUUUUGUUUAAUAAUAAAACAAAUUUAUCGUGCUAAAAGAGAUUUAUUUAACCGUAAAAUCGACAGAUUGACAAAUAAUAAAGUGCUUUCAUUUGAAACAGAAACAUUUAUUAAAGUGCCUAGUUAACAUUUUUGAAAAUAACCGUAAAUAAAUAUUUUGUACGAACUUAAUUUGGUCGGAUAAUAUUAGCGCUCUGUGGCCGUAUUACCUCUCAUUUCCAGACAGUUUACGCCGUGAAUUGAACUGACUGGCAAAUUCUAUAUUAUUCCAUAUUAUUCUGUGAAUUUGCCAGUCAGUUCAAUUCACGGCGUAAACUGUCUGGAAAUAAGAAGUCUACGACCCCAGAAUCGAAUUAUUUGACAGCUACCAAAAAGUAAUAAUUAAUAACUGUCAAAAAAUGACUCAAUUUUUGUUCGUAGAGAACUGCUUUGUUAAUGGAUAAUAAUGGGGAUUUAUUUAAAUAAGACUGAAGAAUGUUGAUCAUAAGGGUACAAUGUUAUGUGCAUUUUUUUAAGUUUUUGGGUUCAUUUUGUAUAUUGUUUCGUAUUUAGCUAAAUAAUUUUUAAUUUUUAUGCUAUGCUAUGUAUACGU